UUUUCAUUACAUCAACAAAUUUACAAUGUCAGAAAGACAUGUUCCAAUUUUCGAUAUCUUUUAAUACAUAUCUUUCCAACAAACAAUUUCUAAGGACAAACACAUUGUUUCGAAUUAACGAAAUACUCUCGUAAUAUGCAUUGCUCAAGCUUCGCGCUGCGUUGCUCCAAGAUUUGUAAUUCCGAGCGUGCGUUCGACGUUCAUUUCCCCGUUAUCCUUCCGUUUCUUUUCUUCUCAUUUGGAAAAAGAAAGACAAUAAGCGUAAAUAUCCGAUACGCACGGUCGGGCCAGUAGCCCAAGUUGUUAGUUCAUUUCUUUUCUAGCGUGGACAUGACGCGUUGGCCAAUAGUCCAAGUUACGUGUAUUAGUUCAUUUCUUUUCCAGUGUGACAUGACGCGUUGACCGCGUUUACCGCGGAACGAACGCGUGCCGUUCACGCGCAGGUCCGCGAUCGAGUGCGUCUCGCGUCUCGUUUCGACGGCGCGGCACAGCGGCCGCGAGCCGUCGUGGAAUUCAAAUGUGUGUCGGUGGCGAUAAUCGUGGCGUGGAACGUAACGCGCAAGUGGGUGUGCGCGACCGAUUAGGAGGCCCGCUGUCGCAUAUGCGGUCCCGCAAACGACGAAAGUCAGUACGGCGAUAAGUGAGAGCGCACGGGGAACGGGGAAACGCGCGACAAACGCGUCAGCGCGAAGGGGUCGCGUACUCCGGGAGACGUGUCAUCAAUCCAUGACUCCUACCUGUGGCUUCGGGAUUAUCAGGGCAUCGCUUUCUACAAUCUUUCCGUCGUAGAUUCGGAUCUUGGGAUUGUUCCCGCGCGGCGAGAUCGCAGGCCGAGAUACGACGCUUGGCCGGUGGGCGGAUUGAAACGACGCUCUUUUCGGCUGUACGCGAGAGGAGGAUGACUCACUACCCAGCCACUCACAAAAUUCCCCGUGUCGAUCUUAAAUAUGCUGCUAUGAAAGUGCGAAGAAGCUAACGAUUCCGCUGCAAAUAUAAUGUGAUCUGACAACAAUAUUUUUAUCUUUUUACAUAUGCUUGUAAUGUCAAGAUGCACUUUUCGAUACCAGACACUCAGGAAUUUGUGGAUGGAGCUGGAAAUUCAUAUAUUGGAUAUAAUAUCCAUAUCAAUGGAUUAUUUCAUUGUACCGUGAGGUACAAACAGUUGCACAAUCUGCAUUUACAAUUGUCAAAGGAACUAGAUAUAUCGUUGCCAAUAUUUCCACCAAAGAAACUUUUUCCUUUGACUGCUACUCAGCAAGAAGAACGACGGCUGGCUUUGGAGAAAUAUAUUCAAUCCAUUGGUCAAAAUGUAGAUAUAAACAAUUCUGAGAUACUAAGUGGAUUUUUAUUGAAUGCCCAAUGGGAAUCUGCUGAUGGCCUAUCUGAAAAUGAGACCUUAGAUAUAUUUCUUAUGAAUGGAUCAAAAAUUUCAUUAAAUGUUUCACCAGGAGAACAUUCCAAUGAUGUCUUAAAAAAAGUGUACAAACAUAUAAACCUAGCAGAAAAAUAUCAUUUUCAUUUUGCACUGUUUGUUAUUAUACAAGAUGAAUUAUCUAACAGUAUCAAAAUAUUGCGGAAAUUACAAGAUUUUGAAUCACCAUUUAUUACACACAAAUAUAUGAGUUCCAUGGGUACAAAAAUUGUUCUCAGAAAAAGUUACUGGGACAUAACGUACGAUCUUGAGUUAAUGAACGAUCCGGUAACUCUAAACUUAUUAUAUGUUCAAACGGCUGCAGAAAUUCACAGUGAUUGGAUACCAGUUACCAAGGAGGUAAAACACCAGUUGGAAAACUUGCAAAAAUCUGAGAGCAAGAAAGAGUAUCUGAAUAUAGCUCGUUGUUUGAAAUACUACGGUUAUGUGCAGUUUGCACCAUGUUACUGUGAUUAUCCCCAACAUAAUUCGCAAGUGUUGCUCGCUAUAGGUGGAAAUGAAUUGAAUUUACGCAUCUUAUUACCUAAAGAUCAUGAAGUCAUAUUUAAAGUCUCACGAAUGCGAUGUUGGCGCAUUACUACAAUACAAAAUGGAAUGGAUCAUCGUAACGGUGAAUGCAAAUUAGAGUUAUCUUUUGAAUAUUUGAUUGCUAGGAAUGAAUUACAAUGGAUCACAAUUGCAUCCGACCAAGCAAUUUUAAUGUCUGUUUGUCUGCAAGCUAUGAUUGACGAGUUGUUGCAAAAAUGCAUAGUCAGGAAUAGAAUUCAGGCGGAACCUGGAAAAUCAUGGACAUAUAUCAUGAGAGAUGGCCAGAGUAGAACGAUUACAGGAUCGCCAUUGCGAGAAUGUGCCAAUAAUUCUAAAACGGGACCAAUCGUAAAAAAACUUGCUAACAAAUGGUCGGCUGUGACGUCAAAAAAAUCAGAUGACUCAAGACUUGUUGAUAAAACUCAAAUAACGGAUCUUGAUGUCAUGGAAAAUAAUGUUUUUCAUAUGAUAGGCGAUGACGAUUUGUGAGUCAAAUAAUUUUUACAGAUUGAGGUAUAGCGAUAAAAAAUAUACAGGGUAUGCCUUAUCAAAAUAAUCUUUUUAAAUAUAUUUUUAAAAAUAUAUUUUUAAGAUAUUUUACACAUCACAAUUUUUCGAAGUAAACUAUUCCAGUUUAAAGUUAGUGAUAAUUAGCUAAUUAUCAAAACUUUACUGGAUGUUUAGUGUCUUCUAUAUCAAUGUGAUUAAAAAGCAUUUAUAUAUUUAUUGAUAUUUUGUUUAUAUUGUAAUAAUAAUAUUGAUGCUUAUAAAGCGUUUUAUAUAUAUUUAUAUAUAUGUAUGUAUAUUUAUAUUUAUGUACCGUCCAAUUGUAACAGUAACCAAUAUAACUUAGAAAUUAACUUGGACCAAAACUUUGCAUGGAUAUACAAAUAUAAAUGUAUGAAAAGUACUUAAUAGUAGGAUUAAUAUUAGUGAUAUAUUGAAUGAAAUUAAAGAGAUCAGACGUUCAUAGUUUGUAUAAUAUUUUAUUAUCAUGAAACAAAAUGAUUGAGAAGGCAGCAAUGUUAAUAUUUGCUUUCGUAAUUAUUUUAAACAAAACUACUAAUAAUAUCGCUUUAAUAUUAAUAGCAAUCAUUCUAUAUGUUGUUAUGUUGUAUUAUCAGACUAUAGUUUUUAUUAAAUCAUUCACUCGGAGAAAACAUACUUCUGCCAUCAGUCUCUAUAUUUCAGCCAAACACUGCAAUAGAUUAUACAAUACACAAUAAGAAUGUAAAAUCAUGGCUUUUGUCAUAAAACCAUCAUGCUUUAAUAUAAAUACAAAAAGCCGUAUCUCAAAAUGGAAAAUUACGUUGCUCUACGAAACGCAUUAUUGUUAUUAUAAAUUCUCGUAUGAAAAAUGAUUGCUAGCUAAGGCUAAACGAUUGACGAUCAUAGAAGAAAAUAUAUUAAUGUGCUCUUUCGUGA